AUGGAAACCGUCCGAAACCUCAAGGCCCACAACGUCAAAAUCGGCGCCCACCCAGGCCUCCCUGACCUCCAGGGCUUCGGUCGACGAGAAAUGAAACUCCCUCCGGAAGAACUAACCACCCUAACAGUCUACCAAGUCGGCGCCCUCAAGGGCUUCUGGACCGAGAAGGCAUCCCCCUCCAUCGCGCACCAAAAGGCAGCGAAGGAUCUUGGCAUCCCGUUCUGGGCAGAGUUGUAUGGCGAUGUCAAGUACCGGACGGAUGGGUCGUCGUUGGUGAUUGAUCGCAAGAAGAAACCGUGGGAUUUGGUGGAUGUGGAGAAACAUGUCACUCAGCUGAUUCGGACGCAGUCGGUGACUGCGGUGGAUGGUACGGGGGUCGCGAUGCCUGUUGGAAAUUAUCCGGUUUCCAUCUGUUGUCAUUCCGACUCUCCUGGCUGUGUAGAGAUCAUUGGGAAGACGAGAGAGGUGAUAAAUUUAAUAAGGAUGGGGAAGCGGGCCUUGUGUGAAUGUGGGUCUCAGUAUAUGGAUCUACUACCUACCUCUCUAAUCUAA